AUGCCGUCCGAGAUCCUGCACUGCACGCCUCCCGAGGACCUUUGUAGGGCCCCUGAGAAGGUGGCCUCGUGGCACGCCCUUCCCGUGGUGCCCCGCAACCCGGUGCCAACCCUGCAAGCCCUGUUUGAGGAGCUCCACGCAGCCUUCGAGGCAGAAGCCAGCCAGGGCAUCAUCAUCGACAACUCCCAGCCCGCAGCCUCAUUCGCUCGGCUGAACGCGCGGGUCCAGGCACUGCUAACCAGGUACACGAAGGAGGGCUCCUCCGACUGGCGCCGGUAUGCUGCCUUCAACAGCCACCACUACAUACGCCACCUCAUCGAGGAAUCUCCCCAUUUUGAGAUCCUGGUGCGGCGCGGGAACAGGUUGGUGUGCUGGCAGCCAGGCCAGGGCUCCCAUAUCCACGACCAUGACAACUCCCACUGCUGGCUGACAUGCCUGGAUGGCACGCUGGAGGAGAAGCAUUACCAGGCCGGCGAGAGCGCGUCCCCCGUGGCAGGCAGCGCCUUCCCCGCCUCCGCCCUACCCGGUGUGGAGCGGGUGACCUCCCCCUGCCCCGCCAUGCACGCCACGCACUCCCAGCGCCUGGGGCCGGGAGACACGGGCUACAUCAGCGACCGCAUCGCGUUGCACACGGUGGCCUGCCCGUCGGGCACGCCCGCGCCGGGCGCCGUCUCGCUGCACGUCUACGCGCCCCCCAUCCGCCGCGUGCGGCUCUUCACGCCGCAGGAAGACCAGGUGGUGGUCCGGAAGCCGGGCUUCUGGUCGGUCAGGGGGGUGCGCACGUGA